GGUCAGGCGACCCAGCACGCGCUACACGUGCUCGACGCGUCGGGCGACGUGCAACCGCUAAGUGGUGACCCCGGUACCCGCCACCAGAUACCAUCGCUGGCCUGCUUACUCUCAACAACGCGUCGUUAACAAGCUAUACAUUCACCGGUACACUAUGGCGCCACCACCUAUUCAGCUCUUCCUUACCACGAUCGUGUCCUCGACCCAGCUCCGCUCGCGACAAGAAUAUAUCCUGCGCAUCCUCCAAGUGAAGAAGGUACCGUUCACCUCGUAUGACCUUGCUUCAGACGCAGAUGCGAAGAACCUGUGGCGGAGGAAAGCCCCGAAAGACAAGCAACAGCUCCCCGGUAUUCUCAUUGGCGGGGAAUUUCCAGGAGACUUCUCAGCAUUCGAGGAAGCUGUUGAGUUUGGCGAGAUCGACCAAUUCCUCCGCCUAGCCGAAGACUACAAUCCCUUCGAGGACGAGAAAGACCUGCUCCCCUCCCCACCGAUCGGCGUGCCCGGGGCAUACUCGCCCGCCCAGAUGCAUCCCCAUCAUCAACCCAGCCCAUCGCCUCAGCCGUCCCCGCUCAAGAACAAGCCUGUCAACAAGAAAGGCGUGAAGGGGAUUGAUGCUGGUGAGGAACUGGGCGACGCCCGGUUGGCCGGCGUGACCAUCACGGACGACGACCUCUUGAGCUGGUCAAGGAGCUUGGGCUCGGGGGAGAUGAUGCCAACGACUUCGAUUCAAGACGAGGGGAAGGAGAAGGAGGGGGAGCAGGCAGAUAAGGGGACGGAACAGAAGGUAGAGGAGAAGGUAGAUGCGGAGCCAGCGAAGGUAGGAGAGAAGGUGGACGAUGUAAAGCAAGAACAGGGGACAGAGGCGGCUGCACCGACUGACGCUCUAGUACUUGACAAGUCAGCAUAG